UCAUCAUCUGUGCAUCCGGUGACGCUGUUCGCAAGCUAAUGUUGGCAGCCCACCGACUGGGUAUGACCGAUGGCUCCUACGCUUUCUUCAACAUUGUCCUCUUCGACAGCUCAUACUUUGGUAACAUUGGAUGGGAGCGUGGUGAUGCUGACGAUGAGAACGCGAAGGCGGCCUACCGUGCGCUCAUGACCUUCACACUCCACAAGAAAAAGUCUCCCGUAUUCGAGGAAUUCGCCCUGGAUGUGAAGGAGAGGGCGCUAAAAGAGUUCAACUUCAGCUACGAUGCGAUAGGCGAGGAGGUGAACAGCUUUGUAGGAGCAUUCCACGACGCCGUGCUCCUGUACGCCAUCGCUCUGAACGAAACCCUUGCCGAUCCAGACGCUGACCCACGAGAUGGCGCCCUCAUCACGAGGCGUAUGUGGAACAGGACGUUCGAAGGAAUAUCUGGUGAUAUAUCGAUUGAUGAGAAUGGAGAUCGCGAUUCCGACUACUCGCUUUUAGAAAUGACCGACAUCGAGAACGGGACAUUUGAGGUCGUAGGGAUAUACUAUGGAGCCAAGAGACUAUAUGAACCGGUCCCUGGGAAGACGAUUGAUUGGCCUGGCACCGUGAUUCCACCAGAUACACCCAAAUGUGGAUUUGAAAAUGAGUUGUGCCCGGCAACAGACAACAGUCCUAUGACUCUAUGGAUCAUGGGAGCGAUGGCCAUCAUCAUUCUAAGUGCUGUUGUCAUUAUCCUCUUUGUAUUGCGGAAAUACCGGUUGGAGAGAGAGUUGUCUAACAUGUCGUGGCGAAUACGAUGGGAGGACAUCAGUUUCAAUAACAAAGGAGAUAAGAUGCGUAAGCUUGGCAGUCGAAUGAGUCUUGCUUCGGGGUCAGUCGAGUCGGGUACCAGUGUGUGGGGGAAUAACCAGCAGAUCUUCACAGUGACCGGAUUCUAUAAGGGUAACGUGAUUGCAAUCAAGCGAGUGAAUCGCCAGCGGGUCGAGCUCAACAGGAAUGUACUAAUGGAAAUCAAACACGUCCGCGAUCUUCAGCAUGAUCAUGUGAUCAAGUUCAUUGGAGCAUGCAUCGACGCACCCAACAUCAGCAUCAUGACAGAGUAUUGCCCUAAAGGAAGCUUGCAGGAUAUUCUGGAAAACGACUCAAUUGAACUGGACGAGCUCUUCAAGUAUUCCCUGAUGUACGAUAUCGUCAAGGGCAUGCUGUACCUGCAUAACAGCGUGAUACAAACCCACGGGAACCUGAAAUCCUCAAACUGUGUUGUGGACAGCAGAUUUGUAUUGAAGAUCACAGACUUUGGAUUGACGUCCUUCAGGGAGCCUGACCAUGCUUUCGAGCCGGAUGAAGAGGAUUCUUACAAAUACUAUCAAAGGAGAUUAUGGACAGCCCCUGAACUUCUUCGCCUGCCGGAGAUCCCCUCUGGGGGAACCCAGAAGGGAGAUGUCUACAGUUUUGGCAUAAUCUUACAGGAGAUCAUGUACAGAGAAGGAGUCUUUUACAUCAAGGACGUCGACUUGAUGCCCGAAGAGAUUGUGAAGAAAGUGGCAAACGGCUACAAGCCUGCAUUCAGACCAACCAUUGACCGAGUGACGUGCUCUCAAGAGAUGAUGACCCUCAUCACCAACUGUUGGAAGGAAGACUCCACGAUAAGACCUGAUUACAGUCAACUAAGGGGCACCAUGCGCAAGCUCAACAAGAACUCUGAGAACAAGGGCCUAGUGGACACGUUACUGUCUCGGAUGGAGCAGUACGCUUCCAAUCUGGAGAGCUUGGUCCAGGAGAGAACUGAAGCAUUCUACGAGGAGAAGAGGAAGGCUGAGGAACUCCUUUACCAGAUCCUGCCCAGACCAGUGGCAGAAGAACUGAAGAAAGGUAAACCUGUGACAGCAGAAUCAUUUGAAUGUGUGACUAUCUACUUUAGUGACAUCGUGGGCUUCACAAAACUAUCAUCGGCCAGUACACCUCUCGAGGUGGUUGAUCUACUCAAUGACUUAUACACUUGCUUCGAUGCUGUAAUUGACAACUUCAACGUCUACAAGGUUGAAACGAUUGGUGAUGCCUACAUGUGUGUAUCAGGUCUCCCCAUCCGUAAUGGUGACUUCCAUGCCCGAGAAAUUGCCCGUAUGUCCCUUGCACUCCUCCAUGAGAUCACCUCAUUUAGGAUCAGGCAUAGACCUGAAGAGAGACUUCGGCUCAGAAUCGGAGUUCAUACAGGCCCAGUAGUUGCCGGUGUAGUAGGCCUGAAGAUGCCUCGAUAUUGUCUAUUCGGAGAUACCGUCAACACAGCAUCUAGAAUGGAAUCGAAUGGAGAAGCCAUGAAGAUCCACCUCAGUAAUCAGACGAAGAAGAUUCUUGAAUUAUUCGGCACUUUCAUCUUAGAACUAAGAGGAGAAGUCGAAAUGAAGGGCAAAGGAACCCAGACUACUUUCUGGUUGAAAGGGGAGCUGAAGGGACAAAAUGGCAUCUGUGAUCUCAAAUACCAGGAGAUUACAGUGUGACAUCAUAGCAUGGACCGCUAUCCGCGCGCAUAAUAUCUUCCUGUUUAAUCCCGCACAUAUUCUGUCACACAUGGGACUGAGCACCCUCCAUCCAUAGCCAGAACAAUCGAAAUUUAGUUUUUGAAAAUGCUUCCGACGAUUUGAUCGCUUAUUUGUUUCGUGUGAGACUGUGUAUACAUGUACGAAGAAAUUGCCUAUGUGUGACUAACAUGGAUAUUUCGUGUAUGAAUUUAUACAUAGAAAUAACAUAAAAUGUUUAAGUUUGUUUCUAAAAAUAAUAGCAGCAAUUUCAUUUCUUGUGGAAUAUUGUUGGAUUGGAUUUUUGUAUUACCAGAGAAUUUUAUAGACAUCUCCUCGAUUAUUUUAGAUGACUUCAUGACUGAUUUGUCAUUGAUUAUUCAAUGCGACGCUAUAAUGAGAAAGAGAAUUUUGUAUUGUUCUUUAGGCCUGUAAUCAUGCCUUGGUUUGAUUACUAUUGUUUGUGAAGAUGAACGUUUCUGGGUUUUGUUUUUCAAUAGUGAUAAACCAGAAAAUUGUUUCUAAGCGAUCAGGAUUCUGUCACCAAAAUCAAAUACUUUAAAAUAAGAAAAUCAUGAAAAUAAAAUUAAUCACCACACCACACUUACAAAUUGAGAAUGCUGCAUUUAAGUAUUAUGAAAACCUGUUGACCUUAAUUUUUGUCAGAUGACUAUUAAUAAAGGACCUUUCUUUUGCUUUAUUGAAUCUGUUGUCGGUACUAUUAUGAUAAAUGUGUUACAUGUAGAAUGUGUAAGCCUGUGUUGGUUCAAAGACGUGUGUAGAAUGUAUUCCGCUUGAAUCGUCUUGACAAUAAAGUGUUAUCUCUUUGCGAAAAUAUUUGCUUAAUUAUAUAGUAAAAAGUCACACUCUGGUGACCGGCAAAAUUUUGAAAGCUUUUCUUUUACAUGAUAUUAGAAAAACAGUCAAUUUUUUGUUUUUGUUUUGUAUUCACCUGUUAGAUUUUUGAAAUUAAUAUUGUGUUUAAAUCUUUUUAUCCAAAUUUAUUUGUGAUUACUUCAUUCUUAUUAUUCCUGUUAAUAAGUUGUCUAUCUAUCGUCGCGUUGCUCAUAAACACGCAUGAUCACAAAAUGAUGUGUAUAAAGCUUUAUUAUACUUCUUCUUCUUCUCUCUCUCUCUCUCUCUCCCUCUAUCUCUCGAUCUCUAUCUCUCUCCCUCUACCUCUACCCCUCUCUUUAUCUCUCUCCCUCCCUCUCUCUAUAUAUCUGUCUCUCUAUCCCUAUCCCUAUCUCUCUCAUAAAAACAAUAUCUUUGUCUAAGCCUUAUUGUGAAAAAAACAAAAUGUGUACGAUUGCAUACACUUUACGGCAGUUUUGACCAAAAUGUGUACAAUAUCAAGUGAGUGCAUCGUCAUUGAUGCCAAAUUGUGAAUACUGUGUACAAAUAAUAUAGAUAUUGGACUUUUACUUGUUAUUACACGAAUGAAUAGAAUGCAUCUGAUAGUAUAGUAAGCGUAUAUUGCAUUGACUUUAGCUGUGCCAUACCGAUCGUUGUUCUGUUUUGUAUCUUAAUUUCCCAGUUGUAUGUAAUGCUGGGAAACAAAUUUUGUCACAACUCACUGCCAUUCUCACCACUAGUCCAGUUUCUUUAAACAUUAUAUUACUGGAAACGAUCAUGAGAAUAAGUGGAUAUUGUGCUUUUAUCCCCUCAACUUGUUCAACAUAAGGAAUCAUAAAAGAUGAAUUACCUUUUAAACUUACAUCGUCAAUACCAUCGCAAUUACACAUUUUGUUUUCCAUCUUUUCAAUGUCUCAUCAGUCUGUUGAUAUGAAGCGCUGACGCAUUUUUGUUUCUUCGUAUAAACCUAUCGACCGCGGUAUAAGAGGAAUUAAUGUAUCGGUUUGUGCAUGCAAGCAAAGUCCUCUUGGAUCAAGCUUCAAUAGAAUUAUACAAAUAAGAAUUCCAAUCAUUUGCAUGUUUUUUGACGUGUUUAAAGAAUGGCAUACUCUGAGCUAUGACUAUACAGGCUUUAUUUCAUGUAUAUUCCGUCCUCCCUUUUUGUGUUAUACAGCUUGGUUAUACAUUAAUAUGUUAGUGGUAGUACCAUUUUUAACUAACUUAUAUACAUAGAUAUUUUAGACGACAACGAUUCAAUUAGCAGAGCUUAGAGAUAGAUGGUAAUAGUUUACGAUUUAUCAUAGUCACGUAGUCCGGAAUAAGAAUGAAACAAUUUAUGGUGGACUUUAAUAUGAUUUUUAAGUAAUUUCAAAGUACUGCAAAGAAGUUACUUAAAUAUAAAGAUCCAUUAUUCUAUUAGAGUCUAGUAUUCACUAAAUAUUAACAUGUUUUCAGUAGGUAACCGUAUAUCUUUGUAUCUUCUCUAUUAUGAACAUCUUUCUUUUAAAUGAGGCAUGGAUGGAUAAUUCACUUAGCUAUAAAUGCAUCUUGCCGUUACUGCAAAGGAAUUAAUCUGUAUAGUAAAUGGUUAUGCUACAGCAGACAUGACAAAUGAAAUGAAAGAAAGAGACUUUACCUUCUCAUUCUAACUCUGCAGGCUUCUAUAUAUUUUAUUUGUAGCUAACGUGGUCUUUUGUAAGGCUGGUAAUCUUCAUGAUGAACAAAAUAUGGUUUAUAAGUAUGAUACAAUAAUAUUCGCAGCUUUGUGCAAUUUGUAAAUUGAAAGCCAAAUAUUGCAAAGUUAUCGUGACAAUUUUUAUACGAUGAUUAUUGUGGCUACCAGCAGAUAACGUUGAUGGAAUAGUCCACAUAAGUUAAUUGUUUUCUAAUCAAUAAAAUAUUGGUACUUGUUACAGGUAAUAGCGUUAGAUUUGUUACCAAAUAAUUUUUUCAAAAUAUUUUUGAUGGGGGUAAGUAAUUUUGUUUUGGGGAAUGGGAGUGGGGGUAGGUGUACAUCUACACAGUGGCGGAUCCAGGCGGAAAUAUCAAAGAAAAAAGUGCUAACACCUUUAUAUAUAUAUAUAUAUAUACAAAGAAUGUUCAACCCCUCCCGUACACAUUUGAUAACCCUUCCUCCCCUCUCUUUUGUGUUGCAGUCAAAUUCAUUUUGGGACCCCCCCCCCCCUCAAUUUAUUCCUUAAAUAAUCCUGGAUUCGUCAAUGUGCAAGGCAUUUUCAAUUGUGUUUGUAUUUUGAGUUCGGUAUUGUUUAAAAACAUCAUCUAAAUGUACAGAUGAAUCAUACAAAUUUAGUGGUAGAGAAUAAUCACUGAUUUUCUUUUUCCAGGCGAUGAUGAUUUUCAUCUUGAAAACUGGUAAAAACAGUCAGUAAAGCAGUGUUUAAGUAGUCAUAAUCUGUUUUGAAUAAUGUAGUCGUAGCAUUUAUCAUUACAGUUUUUACAUGUAAAAAUCGAACUGAUAUGAGUAUAAACGUCCCAUAUACAUAUACCACUUGUAAAUAUGUAAUCUUCAUAUAUUAGGGAGGAGUUCUGAUAUUUAUUUGACAUUAUUAUGUGUGUAUGUAUAUGUAUAUAUUUUAUAUAUAUAUAGAUAUGAUUAUGGAAUUCGAGUGAAAAUAGUUGAGCAUUACUGUGAACAAAUUUGAAUGAUAUUUCUUUUCUUUCCGUUUCUCGCAGAAUCCUUUUCCUUCCGUACUUUCUAUCGCAAUCAAAAUUAGAAUCAGUAUCUGCAAGAUAUCCAGAUAACAUAGUGUAAUUAUGAUUGAAAAUUUAGUAGUAUCGGUGUCUAUUGUAAUGAAAAAAGUAUUGUUUGCCUGUAAUUAUGUCCAAACGUUUAUGGCAGUACUCUGGAUGGAUAACUUCCACUUUGAUUUCUAAAAGCUUUAAAUUGUUAGGUGAGACGAAAUGUAAAUCGCAGGAGUAUAUGAAAAGAGGGAAAAUGGCAAUGUUUAAGUCUCCGCAUCUCCUGUAAUUAACUCAUUCCCCUUGUUUUAUACUUGCAAUUGUAGUUGUUUUAUGUUUCUUUCAGUUUAAGAAAUGAUUUUAUAAAUUUGUUUUAGUGGAGUUAUAGCAAUGGUGCAAAUAAAGGUAAAGUACACAUGCUUAACCGACACUCGUGUUAUGGACAAGUAUUCAAAUAUAUACCAACUGGUUUUGGAAAAUA